AUGUAUCGGAGCGUGGAGAACCUUCACUGGGCAACAGUUGCUGACUCUGGGCUGUAUUCUCACUGCCGGAGCCUGGAUAAUGAGAUCAUCUUUCGCUAUAGAGGCACCAGUCAGUGGACAGAAGGUUGUGCGGAUGUGGUCCCAGUACAGAGCACAUCGGAGUCUCUGAGAAACCUUUCUGUCCCUGCUAAACAGACAUCUCAGUCGGCAAGGAAUGUGGUCCUCCCUCCCUUUGCCAAAGUGCCUCAGUGGCUCUUCCCUUCUGCAGAGGAAAGAGCCCUACGUGGGGAUGCCAAAAAAGAGCUGAAGGAGAAGCUGAGGCUGCACAGCAGUAAGGUGGCAGAGCCCUGUAAGCCAGUGCGUCCACAGGUGGCCUUGCCUGACCUGAUGGCCCGGGAGUUUUUGGAAUGCCAGAUGUGCCGGCAGUACAAGAACGGUUGUGCUGUCAACUGCUGCACGGUUUUGGUGGAACACGCUGCUCUUAGGCACAGCCUCACAGGGAGGCAGAGACUGUGUUUUGCACACAGGAUCAUUAGUCCAGAAGACAUCAAGCAGGAGGCUCAGAGGAGGCUUCAGCUCCGAAGGCAGAAUAGCUCUCCCAAUCUGCCCCUUCAGCAUGCUGGGGAAAGCCAUGAGAUGGCCAAAUCCAGAACCGCAGAAAGCCUGGAACAAUGUAGUGGAGAAACAGAUGUCAAAGCCACAUUGGGACAGAGCAAGAAAGGCCACUGCAAAGGGAGGCUCUACAUACCCACCUUUGAGGAAUUCAAGCAAAUGAGAAGUAAGGAGGCAAAUUCAUCUGCCAGCAGCAGUGGGCCAACAGAUUGCGUGAAUAAGGGUCUGCCUGCAAACCAGACCCUGGAGGAGGAGUACAAUAAGAACAUCUGUCCAGAAGCUCUGGGGACCAAAGCUGUGAAUGAAGCCAGUGUCACAGCAGAGGGUGACGAUGAUGUGUUCCAUGAAAACCACAUCUCUGCUGGCUCUUCUCAAUAUCCAGCCACAUGGGACGGUUUCAGGAUGAGCAGUCCUGAGGUGAAGGACAGAACCUUCCAGAUCUCCAGCCCGGGUAGAUCACCAGUCCCCAUUUGCUCUAGCCCUAUUCCACGAUCACCUUUACAGGCAGUUGCAAUACACAGAGCUGGGCAGGAGAUCUUCGGAGAGACAAGACAAUUGAAUGAUGUCCUCCACCUUUCAGGGCAGUCACUGGCUUCUGAAGCCCAGUCCUCUUGCUGUUCAUCGCUGCUGUUAGAAGCCACAGACUUAUCCAGCUAUGGAGCUAAACUACAAAAAAUGAAGGAUGAAUUAAUAGGUUCAGCCCUGGAACUUAUUAAGAAAAGCUGCAAUGCUGAGACUGCUGCCAAAUCCCCCUCCAAGGGACAGUGUGAUCUGAGGGAAGCUGAUCUCCCACCUCCAGAGGACAGCCAGCAGCCCACAGCGAUGUCCAUGGCAACAGAGAGCUGGGGGGACAAGCCAAGCAAUGAGACAUCCAGUGACGCUCCACCUGCAGGGAAUACCCCAAGUCCGAGCUGCCGCCGAUCCAGCUCCGACAUUGUCCAUGAGAGUGCGGAUGGUGCCAAGGCCCAGCGGGAGUGCCGGCUGCGGCCGCACUUCAGUGACCCUAUGCCGACAGACUCGGUGAAGAGGAAGCAGCUGGAGCUGAAGAUUGCAGCUGCAGCACGGCAGCACGCGCAGAAGCGCCGGCAGGAGCGAGACUACGGUCCGGUGGUAGCAAAAGCCAACCUUGGCCAUGGUGGCAGUUUUGAUGAGACCCGGCGCACCCCACGUGGCUCCCUCCGCUCCAGACAUCACUGGAGCAAUGUCAGCAGCCUGAGCACGGACAGCGGGAUUGUUGGUGUGAAUGAUGUCCGGGACGAUCUGGAUCCCAGCGAGGCCACUCGGACGAAGUCUGUGGAUGUGGAGAGGGCAGACAGUGGCAUAGGCCAGAUGCCAGCCAGAAAGUGGAGGAACAGGGCAUCCGAAACGCUGAGCUCCCUGCAGGCCUGGGAAGCCCACCGUCCCUGCACCGACUGUGGAGAAAGGGACCUCCCGGUGGAGACGGACGUGCAGAAUUGCAAUCAGAGGCGGGCUGACCUCUGCGAGAAGUGCCGCAAGCGCAGGACGGAGCGCAAGGAGUCUGUGCUGGAGUUUGUCAACACAGAGGCCAGCUAUGGAGAGGACCUGCGCAUCAUCAAAGAGGAGUUCUACCUCCCCAUGCAGGCAGCUGGGCUGCUGAGCCAGGAGCAGCUCCUGGGCAUCUUCAGCAACAUCCAGGAGCUCAUCGACCUCAACGAGAACUUCCUGGAGAUACUCCAGGAAGAGAUCGAUCAGGCCUUUGAUCAGGGUGAUGAUGACCUGAUGACCGUGUGCAUCGGCGAAAUAUUUCUAGAGUUCGUCAACAUGCUGCCAGCCUUUCAGACCUACUGUCUCCAGCAGUCCUCCUCUGUGAAUAUGCUCAACGCACUGGAGAAAGAGAAAGAGUUGCUCAGAAUAUUCCUCAAUGUCUCCCAGAAUGACAACACAGCACUGCGGCGGAUGAACUUGAGGUCCUUCCUGAUGGCCCCUUUGCAAAGAGUCACCAAGUACCCACUGCUGCUCAGCAGAAUCAUCAAGGCCACCACCGAGUACCACCCGGAUUAUGGCAGCCUGCGGGAGGCCAAGAGCCGCAUCGAGUCCCACCUGGAGCACAUCAAUAUGAAAACCAAACAGGAGGGGAACACAUGGACCCUCCGAUCCUUUCGCCAGGACAGCAAGAAGAAGAGGGAAGUCAUCAACAUUGAAAUGAGAGAAACUGCCCUCAAAACUGUAGGUUGGCUGCGAGAGGAAACGCGAUUUGUGAUGGAGGGGUCUCUGCAGCUGGCCCAGCCCCCUGAUGGCCAGUGGGUGAAGAAAGGCAGCAAGACCCUGAAGUUCCAGAACAUGCAGGUCCUCCUCCUGGUGAACAUGAAGCGAGUGUCCGAGUCCAGCCUGGAGUCAGCUGAGCCAGGGCCUGUGAAGGAUGCCGUGCUGGUACUCAUCAGGGACAAAAAUAACGGGAAGUUCCAUUUGCUCAGGGAGCCCUUGAGGCUGAGUAAUUGCAUCGUCUCCACUGACCCCGACUGCGAUGACACUUUUGAACUCAUUGAGAUCAGGCGGGAGGCGUUUGUGUUCCGGGACAGUGACCGGGCACGGACUCACCACUGGUUCAGGCAGAUCAGGCGGUACUCGAGGGAGCUGGGCUCCUGGAAGAAGCGGCGGAAUGCGCUGCCCAACAUCAUGAUCAGCACCCCUCACACCAGGCCCUGA